AUGAGAAGCACAGCUUGCAGAAGAAAGAAGCAACACAUUUUAAUGAAAAUAGUACGUUUACCCAUCAGACUUCUAAGCCAAGCAAGAGACGUCUACAUCAAGAGUAUGGUCGAAUGCGCCGGCAGGACUGGUUAUGGUGGUAGGGUAAUUUGCCAUACUCUACCUGAACCUUCGCGCUUGCCUAAGAGCUUUAGUGUCGGUUCGUCCACAGCAAAUGAUGGUGAAGAGUAUAGACAACUUUUAUGCACUGUAUCUAAGCAUGGCAUUGACCAGAAGACGCAACAACAACAACAACCAGGUGUGCAUCAGAGAACCAUGGAAUCAUCAGCUAGCAGGGUCAUGGGAACAAGAAGCUAUAGUGUUGGGAUUGGAAAGAUUGGGAUGAUUGACGAGGACAGACCUUGUUCCUUCGAGGAAGAUGUAAUUGAUGCUAUGGCAGAUUUGAUGUGUCCAAAAAGUAGAUGCCAUGCAGAUAAGAGGAAUCUGAUAGUAUAUCAUUACUGA